AUGUCCGCAUGGUCAAACCGCAAUCUGGCCGCGAUGCUCAAGGAGCAGAGGGCCUCUCCCGCCACGAUGGUGGCGCCGCUGGACAAAGCGACGGACGGCGAUGUGCCGAAACGCCCGGUGGUGUCGGUGGAGCCGAAGAAGCCGGAGCCCCCCGCUCCUGCCGCGGCAGGAGUGGUGGCGGCGGUCUCCACGCCUACUGAGCCUGUGCCGACCUCUGGGCCUGCUUCUGGAACAGAGGUGGUGUACACUUCCAUAGGCCCUGUGUCGAUGCCGCAGGCCCUCGCCAAGCUGGUCAUGCCCUCUGAGUUCCGUUUCGCAGGUUCCGUCGAGGCUCCGAAGCCCGUCGCUACCCUGCAGCCCGCCGUGACCCAGCAGCCAGCGGAGGCGGCGCCGAAGCCGGUGGCCAUUGCCCCACCCAUCCCUGUCGCGGUAGCCCCUGCGCCGACCGUCACGUCUUCCUCCGAUCUGCAGCAGUCCCUAUCGCAGCAGCAGCACCAGUGGAAUCCGCCGCAGCCGGCGUACAACCCGCCAGUGAACGACUACGUGCAUCGGUACCAGGGUGCCCUGCCGUACGGCGGCGAGCUUGGCAGCGUGCCGCGCUUCUACAGCACCGAGAGGCAGUACAACGCGCAGCCCUACCAUCCCACCUACCACACCCCAUACUACCGUAGCAGCUACAGCAGCAGCGCCAUCCAGUACGAUGGGUACGGUGACAUGUACCACAGCCACUACUCUGGUCAGGGUGCCCCGUACAUGGGCGGUCGCCUGCAGGCCCACCCGCCGUACUACCCGCCUCGUGAUCCCUCGCUUCAGCAGCGCCCUGCGGCUCAGUACAACUAA